AUGAGCUUCAGUCAAGACGACAGGGACAACGAACGCGAAAAGCGUUCGACCAACCCCGACACCGAUGGAAACCGCCAUGACAGCGCAUCGGUCCGGAAACUCGACGGUUGGAACAAUAAAUCCGUCAACGGAUCUGUGGAUAACAGCACGCCCAUAUUCUACACCCCGAUGCCAACCGACAAGUUUAAGUGUUGUGCCUGCAAGGAGAUUCUCAGGCGACCGGUUAAAUUUGAGGCUUGUGCACACUCAUGCUGUUCCGCGUGCUAUUCGGACAUAAUGUCAUCAACUGGACGAUGUCCGGUUGACGAGACGAUAUUGGAGCGCAGUGAAGUCACCGUUGACAAGCAAAUGCAACGAGAGUUGGAUCACCUCGGCGUGAAGUGCAACUACUUUGAGCAGGGCUGUCAAUGGACCGGUCUCGCUAUGGAACUAAACGAACACCUGGACGAGUGCCAAUGCCGUCUCGUCACGUGCAUUUACAACUGCGGUGUCGAAUUCGAGGUGCGGUACAUGGAGCAGCACGUCACCUCUGACUGUCCCAGACGUCCAGUGGUGUGUCAGUUUUGCCAGGAGAAAAUUGAGAUGCACGAGCAGUCGUCGCACAUGGAGACCUGCAAGCGAUUUCCCAUCCCCUGUCCAAAUGGCUGCAAGAAAAAGGAAUUGCCGAGGGAGGAAUUGUCUGCCCACCUCGAGACGGGCUGCACCAAACAGACGAUGAAUUGUCCCUUCACGGAGCACGGUUGCACCUUCCGAGGCAAAAAACGAGAGGUCAGAGCUCACCUCAACGCGGAACUGCCUCUUCAUAUGCUCCUUCUGCGCGAGGCAUUCCAAGCCCUCCACAACGUCAUCGACUUGCAGGCUCAAGCAGUGAGGGAGAGUCAGGCGACUAUAAAGAAACUUCAACUCAAACUGCAACGCAAUGAGUCUUACUUUGAGCCGUCGUUUAUCUGGAGAAUCGACGGCUACAGGGAGAAGGUGGAGGAGGCGCAGCAGGGUCGCAAGACCACACUCUUUUCCAGUCCAUUUUACAGCCACCGUCACGGUUACCGCGUCUGUCUGUCACUGUGUCCCUAUGGAGAACAACGCUAUCGUGGGAAAUAUCUCUCUGUAUUUGUCUGCCUUUGCCGUGGAGAGUACGAUGCUUUGUUGAGUUGGCCCUUUUCUUGUCCGAUAACUCUAAAGCUGCUGGACCAGACAAUUGAUCCAACUUCUCGAAAGGAUCACGUGGUGACUAUCCGGCCGAAUCCCGUUGCCAGCAAUAACGCUUACCUGAAGCGACCCACAAACGAACGAAACCAGUAUUUUGGCUCACCACGUUUCAUUGAAUUGGAUCAACUUAACUCCAGCAACUACAUCAUUGACAAUACAAUUUUCAUCAAGGCUUACUUUGACAUUCAAGCUUAG